CUGCAAGAACAAGGUAUCCGCUGCAGAUUAUGCAGCACUCACUCAGCUUUAAUUACAGUACUUAUACAAAAUCUGUUAGUUUUUUUUGAUAAAGGACAAGUUGUGUAUAUGAUUUAGUUAUUUGGUCUCCACCUUUGGUCGUAUCGUCAGUUCAUCCUGAAUCUGAAAACAUGCACAAAAAAUAAGUGCGAGAUGUCACACAGCAAAAUUGACUCCCGCAAACAGUUCAUCCUUACCACGGGUGGGAACUACUUCGGUCUGAAGCCGUCAUCAUCCCUGGAUCGAUGUGAUGAACUAAACAAUUUUUUAGAUGAUGGCAACGAAUUCGUGCUUGCUGUCAACAAACAUGGGAAUGACCUUUGCUUGUCAAACAAGAUUGAGGCCGGGGACAGCAGUGAGAAGGUUCUAGUUUUCUUUAAGCUGCGUCCCACAGUGAUUACAGAAGAGAAUCUGCACCAGAAUGUCCUGGUGUCCUCCAUGCUGGAGUCUCCCAUCAAUACCCUCUAUCAGGCGGUGCGACAGGUGUUUGCUCCUAUGCUGCUAAAGGAUGAGCAUUGGAGCUCCGCAUUUGACCCUAAGCUUGCAGGCCUGCUGAGUGAGCUGGAGCAGGGCCUGGGCUCUGUGGUCCGCAUGGCUGGAACAGACCAUACCGGCAAGAGGAGUCAGAGAGAGGACAAUGUCCUGGGUAUCCUGACCCCGAUGGAUGAGUUCCAGUACUGGACUGAUCUCUCUGAGACCGGGGAGAAUAGCACUGUGAGAGAGAGGGCCGCACACUUCUCAGAGCUCUUCAAGCCCAUCAAGAAAGAGUACAUUGGCCUGGAUGGUGUGUGUCUUUCUGAUGCUGUGGAGCUGGUGGAGCUGAGCAGGGACACUCUGGAUGACAUUUGGAGGCAGAAUGACCAUGAUCCCUACUCUGAAACACGCAUGCUUAGACUGAUGGAUGUCAUCGGCGAUGCACUGGGCAGGUACUUGCAGAAGAAGCUGAGUGGUGUGAAACUCUUUGAGGACCCAUUCCUCUCUGUGAGAGAGAGUCUGAGAGUGGGUGUGAUCAUCUGUGAACAGUGGGUGUCGGCCUGUGAGCACCUGAGUGGACAGGUGUGGAAGAGAUACACCCCUUACUCUUGGAAGGGAGACGUGCACCGCCCCCAGGCCCUGCACAGCCUGGCUCAGAGACUGGAUGAGGUGAUCACAAUCCGUACGGUCCACGAGAAGCUGCUUCGUCUGCUGCCGGGAGGGAACCAGCAGGCUCUGGCCUCGGCUAGCAUCUUCGAACCUUUCUCUGGCCUAAACCCUCUACAUUACAACCCCUACACUGAGCCUCUGUGGAGGGCAGCAGUAGCCCAGUUUGAGCGAGCUAUCGGCCCAGCAGAGCAGGAGGUUGCAUGCAGACUGAAGGCGUACAUUGCAGAUGUACAGGACAACCCACAGCAGCUCCUGCAGGUAUUUCAGAAGCACAAGGAGCUGAUAAAACGAGCCACCGUCAGGAAGGAGUUGCAGUCCGAGAGAGAGACCCUGCUGGCCAGGUUGCUGGAGUAUGUCAAGGGUCUAAAGACGGACUAUGAGGGUCGUUGCCAUGGAACGCCCGGGGAGAAGUCUGGCCCCCUGGCUGGCCGGAACCUUCCGGAGGUUGUCAACAACAUUGUGUGGGUCCGCCAGCUGCUUCAUAAGGUGGAGGACUCUAUUAAGAUAUCAGAGGUUCUUCUGUCAGACUUGACAGGAUUUCACUCAUUCUUGCGGUUCUGUGACGACCUGCUCGAGGUUCUUCAGGCUUACGAACAGGAACAAUUUGACGACUGGUCCAGAGACAUACUCUCUAGCCUCUCUGACCCAAAGUCAGGCAUCAGUCUUCAGGCUAGUAACCGUGUGAUGGAACUGGACCACAUCGAUGGGAAGCUGAAGAUCCAGUACUCCGACCGUCUGGUGAUGCUGUUGAGGGAGGUCAGGCAGCUGUCAGCCCUGGGCUUCCCCAUCCCUGCCAGAAUCCAGCAGGCUGCCAACACCGCCGACAAGUUCUACAGACAGGCCAUUAUCCUCAAACAGGUGGCCCAUUUCUACAACACCAUCGACCAGCAGAUGAUCCCUUCUCAGAGACCCAUGAUGCUUAACUACGCCCUGGCCUUCGAGCAGGUCAUCAAGCAGAACCCGCGCUCCCAGUCCAAAGAGUCUGGCGGGAAGGUGCAGAUCACCUGGGAUAAUCCUAAAGAGCUCGAGGUGUACAUCGGAAGAUUACAAUCGGUCGCAGAAAGACUCUCCACCGAGAACCGUAAACUGAGGCGGUGGCACACGGACUUCACUGAGAAGGUGGUGAACUUGAUGAGCGUGGACCUGCUGAGACAGCAGCAGCGCUGGAAGGAUGGACUGCAGGAGUUACGCACAGGGUUUGCUACUCUGGAGGCACAGGGCUUCAGUUUGGGGGACAUGAAGGCCUGGAGGCAGCACUGGAACCACCAGCUGUACAAGGCUUUAGAACACCAGUACCAGACGGGCCUGGAGGCCCUCAACAAGAACCUGCCAGAAAUACACAUUGACCUGACCUUCAAGCAGGGUCGUCUGCAGUUCCGUCCCCCAUUUGAGGAGGUGAGGGCCAAAUACUUCAGGGAGAUGAAGAGGUUCAUCUCUAUCCCCAACCAGUUUAAAGGAGUCAGUGCCCUGGGGGAGGAGCUCAUCUUCAGCGUCAUGAUUGACAGGAAUGCUUCAGGCUUCCUUACCAUCUUCGGCAAGGCAGAGGACCUUUUCAGUCGGCUGCUGGGGGUUCAGGAUAAGUUUAAGGAGUGGGUGGUGUUGGGCCAGGUGGACAUGGAGGUGUUGGUGGAGAAGCACCUGUCAUCUGUCCAGGAUUGGGAGAAGAACUUAAAGGCCAUAAAGGCCCGGGGGAAAGAGUCAGAACGACUGCCCAGUCUGGAAAAGGUGGACUGCAUCUCUGUGAACUGUGAGCCAGUGAAGGCAACGAUUGAUGACCUCAUCCAGAGAUUGUUUGAUGUUCUCCUGAUGUCACUCAGGAAGUCCAUACAAGGCCAUACCCAGGACAUUGACAGUUUUGUGACUGAGGCUAUGGAAACGUUGAUGUCUCGUCCGGAGAGUAUUGAUGAGAUAGGCGCGGCCAAUGCCAGACAUAGCCAGAUACAAGCCCGCAAACCUGAAAUCUUACCCCAGUUUCAGGCAGCAGAGGAGAAGAACCGCCUGCUGAGGGCUGUAGCAGGAGGAGGUCUGGACUCUCUGUCCUCCCUCAGGGCCAAGUGGGACAAACUGGAGCUCAUGAUGGAGAGCCACCAGCUCAUGAUCAAAGAGCAGGUGGCAGUGAUGCGUAGUAAUGCGGAGAGUCGUAUCCAGGCAUACAGGCUGGAGCUGGACAGGUUCAGGGCUCGCUGGGACCAGCUAAAGCCCAAAGACGAGGUCAUAGACACGGGGGAUCAGGCAUCUCUGCUUGCCUGUGUCCAAACCAUCAGAGACAAGAGACAGGAGUUCCAGGAGCUGGAGGCCACACGCACACGCCUGCUUGAGGAUUGUGGUCACUUCGAGCUGGAGGCUCCAGACUUUUCCCUGGCAGAGGAGACCAUCCGAGACAUUGAGGAGUACGGCCAGAUGUGGUCUUUGUACGAGGAGUGGUACGAGGGCUUCCAGGAGAAGGCCAAAGAGGACUGGAUCACAUUCAGGAGUAAGACCUAUAUGUUUGAGGAGUUCCUGUUUGCAUGGCAGGACAGACUGAGGAAGCUGGAUCAACACACCAGCAUGUCUGUCAAACUGCAGAAAGAAGUGGACAAGUACAAGAGUGUGGUCCCAGUAUUGAAGUAUGUGCAAGGGGAACAACUGUCCCAGGACCACUGGUUGGAUCUAUUCCGGCUUCUGGGACUGCCUAAGGGCACCACCUUAGAGAGACUGACCUUCUGGGACCUGCUCAGUGUGGCUGACACCAUCAUUGACCGAGCUCUGGAGCUCAAAGACCUAAACAGCAGAGCUCAGGCAGAAGUGACCAUCAGAGAGGCUCUCAGAGAGCUGGACCUGUGGGGUGCUGGAUCGGCCUUCACCCUCACCGAGUACACAGAUAGUGCGGGACACACAGUAGCGCUCAUCAAGGACUGGAAGGACAUCGUCAACCAGGUUGGUGACAACCGCUGCCUGUUGCAGUCUCUGAAGGACUCUCCAUACUACCGCGGCUUCCAGGACAAGGUAAGUCUGUGGGAGGUGCGUCUAACUGAUCUGGAUGAGUAUCUGGUCAGUCUGAAUACCAUCCAGAGGCGCUGGGUCUAUCUGGAGCCCAUAUUUGGACGGGGCGCCCUGCCCAGGGAACAGUCCCGCUUCAAACGGGUUGACGAGGACUUCAGGUCCAUCAUGGCUGAUGUACAGAGAGACAACAGAGUGACGUCUCUGAGUUCUCGGGCUGGAAUCAGAAACUCCCUCACCACUAUCCUGGACCAGCUCCAGCGCUGCCAGAAAGCGCUCAAUGAGUUCCUAGAGGAGAAACGUUCUGCAUUCCCGCGCUUCUACUUCAUUGGAGAUGACGACCUGCUGGAGAUUCUGGGCCAGGCGACAAACCCCACUGUCAUACAGUCACACUUGAAGAAGCUGUUUGCUGGCAUCAGCAGUGUGGACUUUGAUGGGGACUUUCAACAUAUCGUGGCCAUGCGUUCCUUGGAGGGAGAGGUGGUCCCCCUCAGGAAUCUUGUUGGCAUCUCUAACAGCGUUGAGGUGUGGUUGGGGGAACUUUCUGCAGAAAUGAAGGAGACUCUGAAGCACCUUCUGUAUGAGUGUGUGUCAGCCGGGAGGAAAGGAGAGGUGGACCCUUCCCGUUACCCCUCUCAGAUCCUGUGCCUGGCAGAGCAGAUCCAGUUCACUGAGGAGGUAGAGAGUGCUCUGAGAAACAGCAGUCUGCACCAGCUGGAGGUGGAGCUCACUGCCAAGUUGGAGCACUACACCAACAUAGACACCAGCUCUGAGGAGAGUGGGAACACAGAGUCGAAUGUCUUGCAGCUGAAGCUGAAAGCUCUGAUACUGGACAUCAUCCAUAACAUCAGUGUGGUGAAGCAGCUGUGUGAGGCAGGGGUGACCAGCUCUGACGCCUGGGCCUGGAAGAAGCAGCUCCGCUUCUUCCUAAACAAGGACAAACGCUGCUCCAUUCAGAUGGUCGAUGCUCACUUCAGCUACACAUACGAGUACCAGGGUAAUGCUGCUAAGCUGGUCCACACCCCGCUGACCGAUAAGUGUUACCUGACGCUGACCCAGGCCAUGAUGAUGGGUCUGGGGGGAAAUCCCUAUGGCCCUGCAGGCACUGGGAAGACUGAGUCAGUCAAAGCCCUGGGGGGCCUGUUCGGACGACAAGUACUGGUCUUCAACUGCGAUGAGGGCAUCGAUGUGAAGUCUAUGGGCCGUAUAUUUGUGGGGCUGGUGAAGUGCGGAGCGUGGGGCUGCUUUGAUGAGUUUAACCGCUUGGAGGAGGCUGUGCUGUCUGCUGUGUCCAUGCAGAUACAAGCCAUCCAGAACUCCCUGAAAAACCACAGGACCAUCUGUGAGCUGCUGGGCAAGGAGGUGGAGUUGGACCCCAACUCAGGGGUUUUUAUCACAUUGAACCCCGCCGGCAAGGGCUACGGUGGGAGACAGAAGCUGCCUGACAACCUGAAGCAGCUGUUCAGGCCGGUGGCCAUGGCCCGACCUGACAACGAGCUCAUCGCCGAGGUCAUCCUCUACUCGGAGGGUUUCAAAGACGGGGAGAUACUGGGACGCAAGCUGGUCGCUAUCUUCAACCUCGCCAGGGAGUUGUUGACCCCCCAGCAGCACUACGACUGGGGUCUGAGGGCUCUGAAGUCGGUGCUGAGGGGCUGUGGAAGUCUGCUACAGCAGCAGAGGAAGGCGGGGGCCAAGAACACCGUCAUGGAGAGUAGUCUGGUGGUGCAGGCGCUGAGGUUGAACACCAUGUCCAAGCUGACGUUUGCAGACAGCAGCAGGUUUGAUGCCCUGGUCCGAGAUGUGUUCCCCUCGGUGGGCUUCACUGACGUGGAGGACCAGACCCUCAGCCGAGCACUGGAGGCUGUCUACGAAGAUGCACACCUAGAGCUUAUACCCAGCCAGAUGAAGAAGGCCCUGGAACUGUAUGAGCAGUUAAGGCAGCGUAUGGGAGUGGUGAUCGUGGGUCCCAGCGGGGCAGGAAAAUCCACCCUCUGGAGGAUGCUGCGUGCCGCCCUGGGCAGGACGGGCAGAGUGGUGAAGCAGUACACAGUGAACCCUAAAGCCAUGCCCCGACAGCAACUUCUGGGUCACAUCGAUAUGGACACCAGAGAGUGGGCUGAUGGGGUUCUGACAAACAGCGCCCGGCAGGUGGUUAGAGAACCACCGGAGGUGAGCUCUUGGAUCAUCUGUGACGGGGACAUAGACCCAGAGUGGAUUGAGUCGUUGAACUCGGUGUUGGAUGACAACCGCCUGUUGACCAUGCCCAGUGGAGAGAGGAUCCAGUUUGGACCCAACGUCAACUUUGUCUUUGAGACACACGAUCUCAGCUGUGCCUCGCCGGCCACUAUCUCAAGGAUGGGCAUGAUUUUCCUCAGCGAUGAAGACACUGAUGUGAAUGCGCUGGUGAAGUCGUGGCUGAAGGGGCAGCCGGACGAGUGUCGUGGGAACCUAGAGAACUGGAUGGGAGACUACUUCCACAGAGGCUUGGACUGGGUGCUCAAACAGAAUGACUUUGUGUUGGACACCAGUCUGGUGGGGACUGUGUUGAACGGACUGUCUCACCUGAGUGGGGUCACGGAACGCGGUCAAUUUGUGGUCAGUCUCAUAAGGGGGCUGGGGGGGAACCUCAACUUCAAAUCAAGACAGGACUUUGCCAAGGAGGUGCUGGGCUGGGCCAGAGAGACCCCUCCUGACCCUAGGAAACCCCUGGACACCUAUUACGACUCCGGGUCCGGCCGGCUGUGCGCGUACACACUGGAGCGCCCUGAUGGCCUGGACGUAGAAGAGCUCACACACGCUCACACGCUGCCCGUCAUCCAGACCCCUGACAUGCAGAGGGGUCUCUACUGCUUCUCCCACUGGUUGUCCUCUCAGCACAGACAACCCUUCAUACUGGUGGGGCCUGAGGGUUGCGGCAAGGGCAUGUUGCUGCGCUAUGCAUUCUCGCGGCUGCGCUCCACCCAGGUUGCGGUGGUCCAUUGCAGUGCCCAGACGUCGUCCCGCCACGUUCUCCAGAAGCUCAGUCAGACCUGCCUGCUGCUCAGUUCCAACACGGGCCGGGCCUACAGACCCAAAGACUGUGAGAAUCUUGUCCUUUACCUCAAAGACAUCAACCUGCCCAAGCCUGACAAGUGGGGAACCAGCAACCUCAUUGCCUUCCUACAGCAGGUUUUGACGUACCAUGGGUUCUAUGAUGAGAACUUGGAGUGGGUGGGCCUGGAGAACAUCCAGGUGGUGGCAUCCAUGUCAGCAGGAGGUGCUGUGGGACGACACACACUCACAUCCCGCUUCUCCUCCAUAGUACGCAUCUGUGCCAUAGAUUAUCCGGACAGGGUGCAGCUCCAGACCAUCUAUAGUGCGUACUUGCAGCCUGUUCUCCAGAGGAGCCUUGGGAGCCAGGCAUCCUGGGCCAGCACUGGGAAAACACACCAGUUAGCAGGGUCCCUUGUACAGGUCUACGAACAGGUGAAGGCUAAGUUCACGGUGGAUGAUCACAGCCACUACCUCUUCACUCCCUGUAUUCUCACCCAGUGGGUUCUCAGCCUGCUGCGAUACGACCUGACCGCAGGUAAUUGUAACAUUACAGACUCUGUGCUGGAGGUGGUGGCCUAUGAGGCCAGGAGGCUGUUCAGGGAUAGGCUAGUCUCCUCUAAAGACAUACACUCCUUUGACAACAUCCUCUCCUCCGUCAUCCGAGGGGACUGGGGCUCGGAUGCACUCGACAACAUGACUGAUGGGUUCUAUGUAACAUGGGGAGCAUCUGAGGGUGGGGGAGUGAUGGCCCCUGGUCAAUGUCUGCCCCCCCAUGGUAAAUCUCUGGGAUGCCUCGACUCUGCUGACCUCCGCCAGGUUAUACACAAGGCAGUGGUGCUGUAUGGUCGUGACAACAGGGAGCUGGACCUGCUGUUGUUCUGGGAGGUGUGUGACUUCGUGGCUCGCGUGGACCGGGUCCUGAGCCGCCCGGGGGGGUCCCUACUGCUGGCCGGUCGCAGCGGGGUGGGCCGACGCACCGCCACCUCCCUGGUCUCACACAUGCACGGACACACGCUGUACACACCUAAGAUCUCCCGUGGAUACGGGGUCAAACACUUCAACAAUGACCUGAAGGCCGUCAUGCAGCUGGCUGGUCUGGAGGGCCGACAGGUGGUGCUGUUGUUGGAGGAUUAUCAGUUUGUCCACCCAUCCUUUCUUGAAAUGGUCAAUAGUCUGCUCUCCUCUGGUGAGGUUCCAGGCCUGUACUCCCCUGAGGAGUUGGAGCCCCUCCUCUCAUCCCUCAAGGACGCAGCUUCCCAAGACGGCUUCACUGGUCCCCUCUUCAACUACUUUGCCUAUCGAAUCCAGCAGAACCUACACAUAGUGUUGAUCAUGGACUGUACUAACUCGAACUUCACCAUUAAUUGUGAGAGCAACCCAGCGCUUUACCGCAAGUGUUCUGUCCAGUGGAUGGAGGGGUGGUCUGAGAGCAGCAUGAGGAAGAUUCCUGAGAUGCUGCUGGCUAAGAUGGAAGGACAGGUGGAGAAGAGUGGAGGAGAGAAAGGGCCUAAGGGGAAAGGGUUGGCAGUGUCAGGUCAGGGUGAUCUGUGUCGGUCCUUCCUGAUGAUCCAUGAGUCGUGUAGUGAGCAUGGAGCCACUCCCAGCCAGUACAUGGCCUUCCUGCAUGUCUACACCUCCAUCUUCAGUAGAAAACAGAGCCAGCUCACACUCAGACAGCAACACCUACAGGCGGGCGUGUCUAAGCUGAACGAAGCAAAGGCAUUGGUGGAUGAGCUGAAGAGGCGUGCCGCUGAGCAGAGCAUUCUACUGAGGACCAAACAGCAGGAGGCAGACUCCGCCCUGCUGGAGAUCACCACCUCUAUGCAGAAUGCCAGUGACCAGAAGACUGAGAUGGAGAAGAUAAAGGGGAAGAUUGCUCAGGAGGUGUCAAAGUGUGAAGAGAGGAAGGGAAAAAUAGAUGAUGAACUAAAAGAAGUGCAGCCACUGGUGGAGGAGGCCAAGCGGGCCGUAGGGAAUAUCAAACCAGAGUCUCUCUCCGAGAUCCGCUCACUGAGGAUGCCCCCCGACGUCAUCAGAGACAUCCUGGAGGGAGUGCUACGACUCAUGGGCAUUUUCGACACCUCCUGGGUCAGCAUGAAGAGUUUCCUGGCUAAGAGGGGUGUAAAAGAGGACAUAGCAACGUUUGAGGCAAGGAACAUCAGUCAUGAGAUCCGCCAGAGUGUGGAGGAGCUGCUUACAAGAAACAAGACCUCCUUCGAUCCUAAGAAUGCUAAGCGCGCGAGUGCCGCUGCCGCCCCGCUGGCCGCCUGGGUAAAAGCCAACAUCCAGUACUCCCAUGUCCUGGAGAGGAUACAGCCCCUGGAGAGGGAACAGGCUGGACUGCUGGAUAACUUGAGAAAGACGGAGAGUCGAAAGACUAAACUGGAAGAGCAGCUCAACUCUGUAGGGGAGAAAGUCAACGAGCUGAAAGAGAAGUUCCAGUGUCGUACUACAGAAGCGGCCAAGCUGGAGGCUGAGGUCAGUAAGGCCCAGGAGACCAUUCAGGCUGCAGAGCAACUCAUAAACCAACUGGACGGAGAACACACACGCUGGAAUGCCCAGGUGGCUGAGAUCACUGAGGAGUUGGAUACGUUGCCUAAGAGAGCGAUGCUAGCAGCGGCCUUCAUCACAUACUUGUCUUCUGCUCCAGAGGACAGGAGACGGAAAAGCCUGGAGACAUGGAUGACGGCUUCAGGACUGGAGAAGUUUGACCUGCGCCAGUUCCUGUGCUCUGAGAGCGAGCAACUGAUCUGGAAGAGUGAAGGCCUGCCCUCAGAUGACCUGUCAAUGGAGAACGCCCUAGUCAUUCUGCAGAUCAAUGCAAUCAAGUCUCUGAGUGUUGCGUGUCCGUUCCUCAUCGACCCCUCAUCUCGAGCUACUGAGUGGCUUCGUACUCACCUGAAGGCACACCGCCUGGAGGUCAUCAACCAGCAGGACGCUAACUUCAUCACGUCCCUGGAGCUGGCUGUGCGUUUCGGUAAAACCCUGAUCAUCCAGGAGAUGGAUGGAGUGGAGCCCGUCCUCUACCCCCUACUGAGGCGAGACCUGAUCGCUCAGGGUCCGCGCUACGUGGUCCAGAUAGGCGAUAAGGUGAUCGAUUAUAACGAGGACUUCCGCCUGUUCCUGGCCACGCGUAACCCAGCCCCCUUCAUCCCACCCGACGCCGCCUCCGUCGUCACGGAAGUCAACUUCACCACCACCAGAGCCGGUCUGCGGGGGCAGCUCCUGGCGCUAACCAUCCAGCAGGAGAAGCCGGAGCUGGAGACCCAGAAGACCCGUCUUUUACAGCAAGAGGAAGACAAGAAGAUCCAGUUAGCUACACUAGAGGAGUCGUUGUUGGAGACUCUGGCCACAGCCCAGGGGAACAUCCUGGAGAAUAAGGGCCUGAUUGACUCUCUGAACCAGACUAAGACUAGCAGCGCCCUCAUACAGGAUUCACUGAGGGAGUCACACAGGCUGCAGACCUCUCUGGACCAGGAGCGUGAUGCAUACCUGCCAUUGGCUGAGACGGCCAGUAGGAUGUAUUUUGUUAUAACGGACCUCUCCAGGGUCAACAACAUGUACCGCUUUAGCCUGGCGUCCUUCUUACGCCUCUUCCAGAGAGCCCUGCAGAGCAACAAGGAGGCUCAGACCACGGAGGCCAGGAUAGCAGCUCUGGAGGCCAGCCUGAAGAGCAUGGUGUACGAAUAUGUCUGCCGCUCGCUCUUCAAGGCGGACCAGCUAAUGUUUGCCAUGCAUUUUGUCCGAGGGAUGCACCCAGACCUCUUCCAGGAGAAUGAGUGGGAUGCCUUCAUUGGCCUUAUUGUAGGGGACACAGUGAGAAAGGCGGAUACCCACAAGUCUUUGCGGGAGCAGAUUCCUUCCUGGAUCGAUCAAGAGAGACUUGGUGCUGUAGCCAUGUUAAAGAGUACCUUCCCGGGCCUGUACCAAUCGCUGUGUCUGAGUGAUUCAGACCUUUGGCUCUCGUUCUCACGGAGCUCCACCUGUGAACAGGAAGUCCCGCCCUCUGUUGCCAAGAAAAUCACACCCUUCCAGCAGGUGUUACUGGUUCAGGCCAUCAGGCCAGAUAGACUACAGAGCACCAUGGCUACCUUUACCUCUCAAGCACUUGGAAUGAAGGAGUUGUCCCCCCCUCCCCUGAACCUCAGGAGGUUAUAUGGUGAGACUCUGGAGAUCGAACCGGUCCUCAUCAUCAUCUCAGCUGGCGCGGACCCCUCCCAGGAACUACUGGAGCUGGCCUCCGAGACCGUCGGACGGGACAACUACCAAGAGGUGGCGAUGGGGCAGGGACAGGCCGACGUGGCCUUGGCCUCCCUGAGAGACUGUUCCCGCAGCGGCAACUGGCUCUGCCUCAAAAACCUCCACCUGGUCACUGCGUGGCUGCCACUGCUGGAGAAGGAGCUGAACGUUCUGCAGCCCAAGGCAGGCUUCCGUCUCUGGCUCACCGCUGAGGUCCAUCCCAGGUUCCCCUCAAUUCUGCUCCAGUCCAGCCUCAAGAUCACCUACGAGGCACCUCCUGGUCUAAAGAAGAACUUGUUGAGGACCUAUGAGUCGUGGACCCCCGAACAGAUCAGUAAAGGGGGUCUGCUGCCCAGAGCCCAGUCUCUCUUCUGCCUUGCAUGGUUCCACGCAGUCUGCCAGGAGAGACGAAACUACAUUCCCCAGGGUUGGACUAAGUUUUAUGAGUUCUCACUCUCUGACCUGCGCGCUGGCUUCGAGAUCAUCGACCGCUUGUUUGAAAGCGGCAAGGCGUUCCAGUGGGAGUUCGUCCACGGCCUGUUGGAGAGCGCCAUCUACGGAGGCCGAAUAGACAACCCAUGUGACCUCAGGAUCCUGCGCUCCUACCUGGAGCGCUUCUUCUCCUCGCGCCUCCUAUCUCCCUCGGCCAGUCAAGGUCACCGGAGCAGGAGUUCCCACCCCUUCCCAUCACAGAUCGGCCUGCCCAACUCCUGCUCCAUACUGGACUACCGCGGUGUGAUAGAGAAUCUUCCAGAAGAUGACCGGCCAGCGUUCUUUGGCCUGCCUGCCAACAUCGAACGUUCCUCCCAGAGAAUUACCAGCUGUCAGGUAAUCUCCCAACUGAGGAUUCUGAGCCGCUCGGUCGCUGCUGGGUCAAAGUUCGACCGAGAGAUCUGGUCCAACGGCCUCUCUCCUGUGCUCAACCUGUGGAAGAAACUCAACCAGGGCUCAUCUCUGAUCCAUCAGAAGGUGGCCCCGCCCACAGAAGGUCAGGGGUCACCUGUCGUGUCCUUCAUCGUUUUGGAACAGUUUAACGCCAUCCGAUUGGUGCAGGGGAUCCAUCAAUCCCUGGCGGCGCUGAGUAAGGUGAUCAGGGGGACCUCGCUGCUCACUGCUGACGUCCACAAACUGGCCACCGCUCUGCUUAACCAGGAGUGUCCGCUGAGCUGGCAGAACAAGUGGGAGGGGCCGGAGGACCCCAUGCAGUACCUGAGAGCUGUGGUGGCGCGUACUGUUGCCAUACAGAGUUGGGUGGAGCGCGCAGAGACACAGGGACUGCUGUCUGACAUUCUGGACCUGUCUGAACUCUUCCACCCUGAUACAUUCCUGAACGCCCUGCGCCAGGAGACCGCCAGGUCAAUGGGCUGUUCCAUGGACAGUCUGAAGUUCGUGACAUCCUGGAAAACUCCUGUUGCUGAGGCUAAACUCCAAGUCAAGGUGGGUGGUCUGCAGUUGGAGGGCUGUAGUUUUGACGGCACUCGUCUGUCUGAAAACCAGCAUGACUCGCCCACUGUGUCCGCCGUACCUGUCUGCUACAUGGCCUGGAUAGCACAGAAUUCCCAGAUCAGCUACAGUCCCGAGGAGGUCAUCUCGCUGCCUGUGUACACCAGCUCUGAACGGGUCCGGGUGGUCGGUCACGUUACGCUGCCCUGCGGAGGAAACUCGGACCAGUGGAUCCAGAGUGGUGCCGCCCUCUUCCUCAAACAGCAGUGAGGCGGUUAAGGCCAGGUGGCUGGCCAGAAAGAGAGAUCCUGGUUUUGACUGGGUUACUGGAGUGAUGAAGAGAAGCGAACCAUGUUUCUAAGGAAAGUUGAAUGGCAGGCUUCACCACAGGGGUUGGUUGUUAUUUUGAAAGUGACGAAAGUAUGUGAUUCAAUUUGUAAAGCAUAUGUUAUUUUGCAGUUGAAAAGCAUAAAUUAUAUUGUUGAGAUGUAGCAGUGUUUGAUGGGUUAUUUUUUUUACUCUUCAUUAUCAUCAAAAUAUUUGAAUGUGUCUUUGCAUUGUAUUUCAAAUGCAUUCUAAAAUAAAGCUCUAUUUAGCUAUUA